AGAAAUUUAGCUGGGUUUCGCUAUGAGGCUAUAGGUAAAUACCAUCGUCUAGCUAUGUUGUCGUCGCAUACAUUUGGACUUAUCAACUGAAAUGUUCUGUCUGAAAUGCGUACUCUCAUCUUGGAUUGUCUUUCAAGUCAUCACACAAGCGUGGUCACAGGAGGUGCCCCCCCCACGUGACGUGCGUGUGGACACGAGUGGUGUUCGUUGGAGCCUCUACACAGACCGGCCAGGGGUGAAGUAUACGGUUCAGUCCCAAACCGAUCGUGGGGAGUGGCGGGACAUUAAGGGAUGCGUUAAGACCGAGCGCACAACCUGCGAUAAUGUUUCUGCCUGUUUGAUGGUGCGUGUCUGGGCUCAGCAAGGGAACCACAGAUCCGAAUCCGUCCAAGCCUGUACCCAUGCUAUGUCAUGUAGCCCUGAAGUUCAGCUGACUGCACAGGCAGGCCUCCUGUUGGUCACCUGGAGGAAGAACAACAAUUUGUCUGAAGAGUAUGCAGACCAUUUUCAAUACCAGGUUGAAUACGGCAGAGAGGGAGAAGAGCUCAAAGGUUCCAAAAGAUCUAGGUCCUCUGUGAUGCUACAAAACCUGGAUGUGGGAGGGAAGUACUGUGUACAGGCCCGGUAUACCUGUUACCAAAAGGCGUUUGGGAUUCCCAGCCCUUCGCAGUGUGCCAUCAUCCCGGAGUCAGAAAGUACGAAACGGAUCAGGAUUUCGCUGAUAUGCGUGUUCAUUUCCGUCCUCUUGGGCACUGUGGCAGUAGGCCUGAUAUUCCUGUUCCACAAGCACUACGAGAAAAUCAAACAGCUCCAUCCACGUCCCCUGCGGCUACCAGAUCACUAUCGCGAGUUCUUCAAUGGGGAUUUUAACCAGCAGUUGAUGUUCCCCACAAGCACAUCCAGUCCAACUGAAGAACACCAUGACACCAUUUCCAUUGUCGUGAGUGAAGAUGACCAGAUUGACUCUAGUCCAAACUCUUCCGCGUCUGACGGAGAACAGGGUUAUAACACGCCUAACGAAGUAGAGUCGUCUGCUGCCUCCUUAGGUCAUUAUGAAUGAGCCAUCCGUCCUGCGAUUUCAGCCUGGCAACAGUGUGGCACCAGUCAGAUUGACCACAGUAGACCGUUUUCACUCCAUAUCGCUGUUUCCAAUUUUAUAAGACCUCUCACACUAUUUGGUAGGCAUUUCUGUCCUUGUUCGAAUGCUCUUCGGUCAAGGCCAGAGAAAGAUCCGAGGUGCAGUACAUAGACUUACCGCUUGAAGGCCAGUUAAUAG